AUGAGCACACCAACCACUGUUCUCAACAACGGCGUUGUGAUGCCGCUAGUCGGCCUCGGAACCUGGCAAUCCAAGCCCAACGAGGUUGCCCUCGCGGUCGAGCACGCGCUGAAAAACGGAUACAAGCAUAUCGACACCGCCGCCAUCUACGGAAACGAGGCCGAGGUCGGAGAGGGUAUCAGCAAGAGCGGAGUUCCCAGACAAGACAUCUUUGUGACCACCAAGCUGUGGAACUCCCACCAUGCGCCAGAGGACGUGCUGCCCGCAUUGGAGGAGAGCUUGACAAAACUGCAAUUGGACUAUGUCGACCUCUACCUGAUGCACUAUCCGCUGGCCUGCGACAAAACGGCGUUUCUGGAGUCGUCUGCGUCGAAUCCCGUCGAUAUCGACUAUGUGGACACUUGGAAAGCUAUGGAGAAGCUUUUGGACACGGGAAAGGUCCGGGCCAUUGGAAUCUCGAACUUCUGCUUGAGCGAGACCAAGCGGGUGCUGGAAAGCUGCACGAUCAAACCCCAGGUCCACCAGAUGGAAAUGCAUCCGUACCUCAAGCAGGACGUGUUUUUGCAGUUCCACAAGGAAAACGACAUUCACGUGACUGCCUACUCUGCCUUCGGUAACCAGAACUCGACGUACGAAGUGGCUGACGAACCCAAAAUCCUGGAACACCCAACCGUGGUGGCUGUGGCCGAGAAGCUCGGAAAAACGCCGGCACAGGUUCUGGUUGCGUGGGCGGUGCAAAGAGGCACGUCUGUGAUCCCCAAGAGCGUCACUCCCCAGCGCAUCGACGAAAACCUGGGUGGCAAGUCUGUGAAGCUGUCGCCAGAGGACUUUGCCGCGAUUUCCGACCUGGGUUUUCGGAAACGGUAUUCCGACUUCGGCCCGCUAGUUGGGUACUGGUACUACAGCGAUCUGGAGUGUCCGGGGAAUAAGCCGUGA